AGUUAUUGGAGAAUCGAUAAAGAAAUGCGGAAUGGAAGCCACUCACAAACAGCUUAUUUAUCUUCAUAAUAAUCAAUCACCGCAAACUUUUGCGACGUCCAGAAGAUAUUUCUGGGGAAACAAUUACAGAUGAUCAAUGUUGGAAGGAUGGUAUUGCCGGUCCAUCGCAAACAACAAUGCAGAUGCAGAGGAGGAUGAUGAAGAAAGCCCUGAAGAAGAGGCACCAAACUAUAAAGAACAGUACCGCAAUCUCAAACGGAAACUUAAAUUUCUCAUUUAUGAAAAUGAGUGUUUUCAAGAAGCAUUGCGGUCGACACAAAGGAAACUCCUUAAAGUAAAUAGAGACAAAAGCUUUUUACUUGAUCGAUUACUGCAAUAUGAGAAGGUCGAUGCUUCGUUUAGUGAAAGCGAUGAAACUGAAUCAUCUGAUGAUGAAAUGUCACGAAUAGAGACCACUAAGAGACGGAAGGUGGAAAUGAGUGUUAAUAACCAUUCCUCCCACCAUUCAACAACAAUGAUGAAGCCUCUUGGCAUGAACAAGAAGAAAAGAUCAACACCGAAAGUGCCAAAAGCGCAAAGUGCUCCAUCGGUGCAAUCUUCUAAUAGUGUGAUGCCAAUGUCCCUGAUGUCGGAUGGACACAUGACUCCUGAAGAGGUGGAGAGACAUUUAGAGUCUCGCCAGACGUACCUGGAAUUGGUGCCUGAAAAAGCACCACCCACAGUCCCAACUGAAAUGUUCAGUAAUGACCCAUCGUUAGAUAGUGAAUCCAAUGAAGUUGGAGAACUGGAGACCUCGCCAAGUAACAUGGGCGAGGACUGCCUCAGUGUUGACAUGAUGGCGGAGUGACUAAUGUUCGUUUAUAGUUUACUACUUAGACAUAAGUUGUACACGAUCCUCCAUUUCGUUAACACAGCUUAGCACGCUUAAUUUAACUGUAUCCAUAAUAUCAUAAUACAAAUUUUUAUAUACGUGUAUAUAAAGCA